AUGUGCAGACUAGAACCAUUUCUGAAGAGGUCCCUGGUGGUCCUCCUUUUCCUGGGCCUGGCAGAGGCCUGCGUUCCUCGUGAAGUCGCAAUGGAAGAGAUAAUCAAAUUGCUGAAAGGAAUCUUGGGGUUGAUGGGCAGACUGUUCCCCGAUGGUUUCAGACAAAACAUCAUAUCCUCCUCCGAGCCGCCUCCCCUGGUAACCACUCCAGGUCUGUUGAGCCUCCAAGUACUGAAUGAAGAAACAAGUAACUGCAAAGAAGAAGGGUGGCCUCCUCCAGCUACCACCACAGUCAGGGGAUUUGUGAGGAGCAGUGGAUGGAGCUUUCUGAGGUGUGCCUACAUGGUGAUUACAUUCUUCUUCGUGUCCUACACUAAAGGGGACUGGUGUUACUGUCGCUACUGUAACCCGGACCUGGAUUUGAGAGACGACCCCUGCUGUUCCUUCCAGUGCCGCCGCUCUGGUUUCGCUCAACUCUCACAAGCCCUCCCGAGUCUUUCACAUCCUAAGGAAGCUCCUCGCACUCUGGCUUAUCAACUAGCAGAGUAUGAGUGUGUCCAGAGACCCUGCAGGAAGCCUGUCUGA